CGUGCCUCAGUCUCCCCACGUGUUUGUCAUGGCAGAAGCUAUGGUACAGUGCUGAUUUGAACGACUGUAAAGUUUAGAAAAUUUGUUUCGUUUCACAGACGCCAUGGGGAAGUUAAACGUUGUAAUUCUAAGGUACCUAUCGAGGGAUGAUUUCCGGGUCCUUACUGCAGUGGAAAUGGGCAUGAAGAAUCACGAAAUAGUUCCUGUUAGUCUGAUUGCAUCCAUUGCCUGUCUGAGACAUGGAGGAUGCAAUAAGAUCUUAAGAGAACUCGUCAAGCACAAGCUGGUUGUUUACGAACGCACCAAAACUGUGCAAGGAUACCGUUUGAACUAUGGUGGAUAUGAUUACCUGGCCUUAAAAACUCUGUCCGCCAGAGAAACACUCACCUCUGUUGGGAACCAAAUGGGAGUUGGCAAGGAAUCAGAUAUCUACAUUGUUGCAAACUCUGAAGAGGAACAGUUUGCUCUGAAACUCCAUAGAUUGGGCCGAACUUCAUUCCGGAACCUGAAGAACAAGCGAGAUUACCACAAACACAGGCACAAGAUGUCCUGGCUUUAUCUUUCCCGACUUUCUGCAAUGAAGGAAUUUGCAUACAUGAAGGCUUUGUAUGACAGAGGAUUUCCAGUCCCCAAACCAGUGGAUUACAAUAGACAUGCUGUUGUGAUGGAGCUCAUUAAUGGAUACCCUUUAUGCCAGGUGCGCCGUGUGGAAGAUUCAGCUGGAUUAUAUAGUGAAAUAAUGGACCUGAUUGUGAAACUCGCAAAUCAUGGCUUGAUUCACGGAGAUUUCAAUGAGUUCAACCUCAUGCUGGAUGACAAAGAUCAUGUCACGAUGAUCGAUUUCCCACAGAUGGUGUCUACCUCCCAUCAGAACGCAGAAUGGUAUUUCAACCGAGAUGUCAAAUGCAUUCGUGAUUUCUUCGCAAAACGUUUUGGCUAUGAAAGUGAGCUUUAUCCGACUUUUAAAGAUAUCAGGAGAGAGGACUGUCUGGAUGUGGAGAUUUCUGCAAGUGGAUACACCAAAGACAUGCAGCUGGACGACGAGCUUCUCCACCCAACUGGACCUGAGGAAGAGGAUGAUUCCACUUCCGCGGGCGAACAGCAGCCUUCAGCCCGGGAUUCAGGCCGGGAGGCCUCAGAGCACAGUGGGGACACAGAAGUGCCGUCUUCACAUAAAGCUGACGAGGCAGAAGUGCUGGAAGAUUUGAAUCCAAAAUCUGAAGCAUCUGUGCAUAUGAAUGAAUUCCAACAGGCACUCCUGGAACUGGAGGGCCUGUCAGUCAGUGGGAGCAGUAAGACGGGCUUUGAACACAGCGCCUUUCAGACGGACAGCAGGCUUGAAAAAUCCCAGCAAUCUGGAGAUGAUGAGACAACUGCAGAUAAAGAAAGUGAGGAGGACGAGAAUGAAGAUGAAUGUCCUGAUUUAGUUGACCUUUCAGCAGCUAAUAAAGAAUACCGGCCUUUCAGAAAUGAGGAGAGCAUGCUUCACAUUAAUGAGCACAGACGAAGAACAACCAGCAUGACAUCAGUGGGCAGCCUGGCAAGUUGUUCAACAAUACCAUCAGAGCUGGUGAAGCAGAAGGUGAAACAGCAGCUCUCGAAGCAACAGAAAGCAGCACAGCGAAGGCGUUUGCAGAAGGGAGAAGCCAGUGUGUACACAAAGGAGAGACGGGAGAAUGUGCAAAAUAUUAAAUGGAGUCUGGAUGCUGCUUCCUUCUGGGGAUGAACUACAUCCUGAAAGAUUUGUAGUAUAAUCAGAUUUCUCCCCACCUUGGAAGUUGGGAAGAAAUAUUAUUAAUGUUAUGGUCAUUUUGAGGUUCCAAUCUAUUCAAAUCAUGUCUAAUAAAUAAGUUUGUUUACUUAUUUAACCUGA